AUGGCCCGCCGUGCUCCUGCGACCCCACAAGAAAUUGCUGUCCGGAUUGCGGAAUUAAGGAUGAGAGGGACUGAUUUAGGAGGAAACACAUCAAGAGGAGAAGAAUCAGAAGAUCUAUCGAAAGUAAUCGUCCCCUAUGUCUCCCCUCAGGAUGAUGAUUCAUCUAGCAGAGUAGCAGAAAUAGGAACAUCUUCACAGGAUAUGCCCACUGGUGUCAAGGACAGAGAUGACCUCCUAAGAUGGGUGCGUGAGUCAUUUCCAGGAGCUUAUGUUCAGAGAAUAGAAGAAGAUGAACAGGAAGACUCCACUACUGUUCCAGAUGUAGAAGGUUCGGGAAAUCAACAGGUUGGGGGUGAAGAUGCUACAGAAGAAGAAGCAAACCCAGCACAAGUAGAAGAAGAUGCCAAUGAAAGAAGUAUAGAUGCUCCCACGAGUACUAAAGAAGAGGCUACUGCUAUACUCAGUGAGAUUCUGGGAAAUAUUCACCAGAAUAUCGAUGUACCUGGAGAUACAGAAACAUGUUGCUGUACAGGUUACAACAUCCCCUGCAACAUCAGAAAAUGCGAAGUAGAAGUCUCUCCAAGGCUCAAGAGGAAGUGUACUGAAGCUGCAAAACAAGGGGAGAAAACAUCAUCAAGUUUUAAGAAAGAAAAGAAGAAGGCAACCCAACAGGUAAAAGACAGUGAUGAAGACAGAUUCCUUGAUGAAGCAUCUAAGAAGAAGUUUGAAUCUGUUGAAGAGAGAGGUAUUGUGGUUGAACGAAUGAGUGAUGAGGUUGCAUUUGAGAAGUUUGGGCUGACCAAGUUAUUGCAAGAAAGGAGUCUGUACAAGUCUAUAACAUUUCCAAAAAGUUACAGUUUGUCUCUAUUGCAAGAAUUUUACAGUAAUUUGCUGUCAUCUGACAAAGGUAUCACUAGAGUUUAUGUUCGAGGUAAGUGGAUUCCUCUUACUCCCGCCUGUCUAAACAGAUUCCUGGAGUUUAAACCUGAGGUGAAAGGAGACUAUGUAGAAGGGCUUGAAUUGAAUGAAGAGGUUAUGAAAGAAAUUAGUGGAGGAAGGACAGAGUCAUGGGGAGAAGAAACAAGGCUACCAGUUUCCAUCCUCACAGCCAAGUACAAUGUUCUGUUAAGACUUGGCAUUCAAAAUUGGUUACCUGCCCCACACAACUCCAGCAUAGUAAAAGAGCUCGCGCUUUUAUUAUUUGCUAUUGGAACUGGCAAGAAGUUCAAUCUGGGAAGGAAAGGAGAAACAGUCACAGCAGUGAAGAAGCUGAAGAUUUCUAAGAAGCUGUUCAGCCCAGGUAAGAAAAUUGAUUUACCUGUAGGAAGGGUGUCUUCAUCACCAAUGCGUGAAGAUGCAGAAGAGGCGAAUCUGUUGGUUGAAGAAGAGUAUGAAAAGCUUUUGAAGGAACAACUAGAAGAUGCGGAAAGGAGGCAACGAUCAUUGUCUGUAGAACUAUUUAUCAUUGCCCGACAGAAGCAAAAAAUCCUAUCUCGCCUAGAAGUCCUCAAAAAGAAGAAGAAAAGAGAAGUUGAUGGCCACAACUCAGGGGGAGAUAAAGACCAGGAAACCUGA